CGUCUUACUAGCUUCGUACUUCAGUCAGUCGCAUUCCAUUCCUCUGGCUACGGUAUUCGAUUGGUUAAAACAGUGACGUCACCUAUGGAACUGCUCAUGAUAAUAUGGUAUUCAACAUGGCUGUGCAUUUAGUGUUCUGUGUUGUGUGUGUUAGUUAAAGUGGGUUUAUAUGAAUUUUUUAACGGAUAAUGCCUCGAAAACGGAACGGUGAGAUACCUUUACCAGAAGGUUGGGACUAUGGCCAGGAUUACGAUGGCAAAAUCUAUUUCAUAGACCAUAUUUCGAAGAAAACAACUUGGAUAGAUCCUAGAGACAGGUUCACAAAGCCACAAACGUUUGCAGACUGCAGGGGGAACGAAUUACCUUUAGGAUGGGAAGAAGCGUAUGACAAACAAAUAGGACCAUAUUACAUAAACCACAUGACACAAACCACCCAAUUAGAAGAUCCUAGAUUAGAAUGGCGGUCUGUACAAGAGGCUAUGCUACGAGAGUACCUGCAAACAGCUCAAGAUGUCCUAGAGGCCAAGAAAGACAUCUACCAAGUGAAGUCCCAGAGGCUGAUGUUAGCACAAGAUGAAUAUGAACUUCUCACAAACGCUUUAGCUACACUCAACACUUCCAGAACAAGCUUGUGUUCGUCAUCUAGUAGUCUCAGUACAAAAUACGACCCAGAUUUACUGAAGUCUGAUGUGGCCAUGGCAAAGAAUAGGGUCUCCAGAUUGAAAUCAGAAUUGGAACAGAUAAGAAACGAGAUGUCUUAUACCCAAAGAGGUGUGGAUACCCUGACAAGCGUGGAGCAAAAACUAAGCUCCCAACAAGGAGCCUGCUAUAAUCUGGGCGAAGCUCAAGCCAUCAUGGCUGAGUUGAGGAAUAUCCAAAUGUCUCUAUCCUCAGGAGAAAAGGAAAAACAGGAACUUAUGCAAUCCCUUGCAAAACUAAAGGACGAUCUUACACGAUUGCAACUAUCAGAAAGCUCUCCUGACGUAUCAACCCUAAGUCUUCCCCAAGAAAAACUAAGUACAGCUUCGCAGACAGACUUAUCCUGCGAAUCCGUUCCCAUAGGUACAAGACUAGCAGAAAUGGCCAAAAUGAGACUAGAAUAUGACGAAGCAAGGAAAAGAGUCCAACAUAUCCAACAAAAACUGGCAGAUCUAGAAGAAAAAGUACAACCGGGCCAGGUAGAAUCAGAUAAAGACAGGUUGUUGUUGUUCCAAGAAAAAGAACAACUGUUGAGAGAACUGAGGAGCAUAACUCCAAGGAUGAGAUCAAAAGAAGAAAUGUUCGAUAUACAAAACGAAUGCAAAAGAUUAGAACAAGAUCUAAACAAGGCGUUAGAGGUAUCCAAUAGAGCAAUUACGGAUAGGUUGAAGUUACACGAAGAGAAGCAAUUACUUCUGCAACAGCUCAAAGAUGGUUUGAGGACGAUGACGCAUUUAGAAUCCCAGCUGAAGACUCUUUCUGCUAGCACCUUAUCUGUCAGUAGCAGCUCGAGCUUGGGAUCACUUUCGACUACGAGUAGCAAGGGAUCUUUGAGUUCUGGGCUUAGUUUCACCGACAUAUACGGAGGACCUCAAACUAGCGGGUCUCAAAAUUUAGGUAAACCAAUUGAUAUGGCUGAUCUGCACAGGAGAGUUGAAAGGCUCCUGAAAAACAGCGAUAGCUCGCCUCACACACAUUCACCGGGCAGAAGUCAACCUUCUUUGUCACCGAGAAGCUCAUUGUCUUCAGUAUCACCACCAGUAUCACCUAUGUAUGAGAACUUGCCCAUAACCUGUGCACCACCAAGUUAUGAACAAGUAGAACGAGAUAGGAGGUUGCAAGAACAAAGUCUCAACGAGAAGCUGAUGGAAUUGAGGCUGUCCAACCCGUAUCUGAACAACACCUCCCAAGAAUUCUCAAACAUUCAAAGAGUGCCAAUACCGAGUUUGUCACCGCUGACAGAUCUACUGGAACAGCAAGCAAGUAACAUGUCUCAAGGGUCUGGUUUGGGGAGGCCACCAAGGUACUCCUUGGAGUUCACAGGGGAUCCACCCUUAUCUCCUAUAUCAGAAACACCACCACCGAUAGAUCAUGACGAACUGCUGCAAGGUACCACCUUGUCGAGGACAUCUUCUUCUGGUACCAAUACGAGGUCGGUGAGUGCUGCAGUAAGCGAUGAGUCGGUUGCUGGUGAUUCAGGGGUGUUUGAAGCCUCCAAUAAGAAGAGGAAUUCUACUUUUGGGGCGGAGUUAGAUACAGAAACCGCCCAGGUUCAAAUCAAACUGAAAUAUAUUGUGGCAGACAACAUUUUGAACGUUUGUGUAGAACGGGCAAGGAAUCUGACAGCUCUUUGCAUGGAGGAGAACUCGCAAGUAUGCAUCAAGACAGCCCUUCUGCCUGCGAACAGUCCUUUCCCCUCUGUCUAUUGCACAGCUUUUGUGAAUGACUUCAGGAAACCAGUUUUUGGUGAUGUGUUCAAUCUACCUGUACCUGCCAAUAAAAUUAACACCAAAACAUUGCAAGUGAACGUGUGGAAUACAGUUGACGGACAACAAGAAAAAUGCGUGGGUUGUGCACAAGUUAGUUUGGCAGACUUCAAUCUACAGAGUGUCUCCCAAAGAUGGUACAACAUCCUGAGUCUUCAACUAUUCGAUCCCUCGAUAAAUUCCUACCACACCAAACAAGAAUCGGACAUGUCUCUUGGUAAGAACGAGGGUGAAUUCAACAACAAACAAGGUGGUAUCAAAGAGGAAAGUUCAGACGACUCCACAAUAAUAUCAUCUCAAACCUCCACCUUGACCAGGAACCAAGACGGUGUAUGUUUCCAACCGCCCAAUUUCAAUCUCAAUUUCGAAGAGCUGGUCAACUGUUUGGGCAAUACAGAAGAAUAUAGUGAUGAUUCUGAAGAUGAAGGUGAAGAAGAAGGUAUAACUGUUGCUUUCGGGAAUAACGACGGCCUUGAAGUGGUUCUGGAGCAUUGCGACGCUGAGGACGACGAGAACCAAGAAGAAGAAACCGAAGAAGAGGAAAAAUACCAUGACAAAACGACGAACACCGAGUGUGCUUUCUAUCCCGAGCAUGCCAAACAAAUGAAGUUAGCGAGUGCAGGUGUGAGUGCUAUUGAAGAUCGAGGUGCAAUCAAGAGAUCGCAGACUUUCUCCCCCAGUGCCCAUAUCUCUAAAAACCAAUAUAUUUGCAAGUUGAACAGAAGUGACAGUGAUAGUGCGAUGCCGCUGUACAGAAGGGGAGGUAAACCGUUCGAAAGGAACGCUGUGGAACGAAGGUCUUUGAGGUUCAGACGAGGUCCAGGUUCCAUGGCUAUCUUGUCUUCGAGUAAAUCUCAUUCCCACCUGCCAACGACUGCCAGAACUUCCUUGGAUCUAGAAUUGGACAGGCAAGCCCAACAUACGAGGUUAGAUAUGUUGACUAGUGAGGUUAUGCGACUCAGAGAGUUGAAAGCGAGGUUGGAGCAGGCCAAGGAGAAAGGUGACACCGAGUUGGCGUCUUAUUUGUUGGAGGAUCAACAUUUCCAGGAAUUGAUUUCUCAAGCCGAGAGUUCCAAGACUACGAGAACGGACGAAGAGAAGAAAGUCGAAAAGAUGUUGAGGAGAGUUUCCAAGGAAAUUUAUAAACUCAGGAAGACGAAAGCAGGAAACGGAAAACCUGACUUGAUUUCUUUCAAAGAAAAAAUGGCCUUUUUCACCAGAGUGAAUACCAAUGUGCCUUUCUUGCCUUCAGACGAGUGCCAUUUAGAUAGGCUACAAUCGAGACAAGCUGAAGAAGAAAAAUCCCAGUGCCCAGUAGAAAAUGUGAAUAACUCUAUUGACAACGAAGCAAACUCUACGAAAAAUAACGAAUCCUCGGAAAGGUACGACUACGUUAUUGACAGAGUUAUGGGAGUGGAGGUAUAGCUGAAAUGGAUAAUAUUGUAUAUUUCUUGUUAUUGUUUCUGCGAGAUGCCACUAUGUAUCGUUGUUUCAAUAUCCAGUGUUCCAAAACCCAUAUUAUGAAAACUUUUUUUCAUUGAAAGACUGUCGUCAAAUCGCUGCACUCGUUCCAUUCUAUCACGCAAAAAUUACAAUAGAGUAGAAACUUUUACUUUAAAACAUAAGAAAUUUAUAUCAUUUUGCAAUUCUUUGACUAAAAGUUUAUGAUCAUGUCAAGCAGACUAUGCUUAUCAUGCUUACGUUAUUUCAAAACAAUAUAUUUUAUUUAAAUAUAUAUUAAUCGAAAUGCAACAUUCAUUUAAGUAACGUUAAUGUAUUCAUGAAUCGUACUGAUUGUUAAAAAAGUUAUGGUGAUAACAGACAUAUAUAAUGAGUAAGUUUUUAACUGAUCUUCGUUUUUCUAUAAUUUUCUACAUUCAAACGUUAUUGUAUUUAUUUUUUUGAUGUUUUAACCAAAGAAAGCUAGAGUUCGUGUGAUCGGUAAAUUUUGCAAAAAACGUAUCAAAUUUCAAUUAUUCUCUGUAGGAUAUUCUAAAUUGGAAGUACAAACGAAAAUAACUGAUUCCUCAGAUAAUUAAGAAAAAAAGUCCUAUAAAGUAAAAGCUUUGUUUUUGAGGUGCAGGGUGUUAUAAGUUUGGUUUUUUUACAAGGUUUUUCUCAUAGCACCUUCACUUUUCAAAGAUUUAAUCACAAGAUAUGCUAAU